GAGAGGUUUGCAGGCAAUGUCUCUGUGUGAGGCCUCUCCUUCUCAGAAGAUUUUCUUAGGACUUUUCUGUGGAGGAGAUAGGUAAUGCCUCUCUGGCAGACUGAGACUAUUCCCACCUCCUUCCUCUCUGUCCCUCCCUUUCUCUGUUGCCACCAUGGAUGGGGAUUUCCUAACUGCUCUCCUCCCUUGGCACCCUGACCCCCACAUUUUCCAUUCUGCUUGUCCGUGCCCUGGGCUCUCCUGCCACCUUCUGCUACACCUCCUCUUCUUCACUCUCUUUGCUCAGCCAUCACAUCCAAAUCCUCUGGCAGAUCAUGUGGCCAAACGGGGUCUAACAUUUUCAGCUUCCUUUUUCAUUAGCACCUCAAAGAUUCCCAUCUUCAAUCUGCCCCCAAGACUAGGGCUCUCAUAUACACAUCCAUACAGCAGGAUUCUUGCUCCUGCCUGAUUUUCUGCCCUUGGCUCAGGGCAUCAGCUGUUUUCUCUCACCCAUUGCUUAGCUGGCUCAUUUGUCCUCUCAAAGCCUUGCAGAGCUUCACACUGCUCCAUGGGGCAAGGGGCUCUUGUUUCCAUUGUCACAUCUUUAAAGUUUCAGGCGAGUACCUUGCUGUUUGCUCCCUGCAGUGCCUCAGCUCUGGGAUGAGUUACAGAGAGACGUGUUCCCCCUGCCCUCCUGACACCCAUGCCAGAGCAGCACUGCAUCUCUGACUGCCCAAGCUGCAUCCCCACCCUACGGUUCAUGGAGACCCUGGGGGGCAAAGAGGAUUUCAUCUUCCAGAAGGAGCUGUUUGCUGCAAGAGACACAGAUCCCAUGCACAACCUCUCUGCUCAGCCCUGGCAGGCAAAGAUGGCCAACCUGACCUAUGACAACUUCACCCUGGGCAACCACUCUGAAGUGGCCCUGCAGCCUCCCACCAACUACAAGACAGUGGAGCUGGUUUUCAUUGCCACUGUCACUGGCUCACUCAGCCUUGUCACUGUGGUAGGGAACAUCCUGGUGAUGCUCUCCAUCAAGGUGAACCGCCAGCUCCAGACUGUCAACAACUAUUUCCUCUUCAGCCUGGCCUGUGCAGACCUCAUCAUCGGGGUCUUCUCCAUGAACCUCUACACGGUCUACAUCAUCAAAGGCUACUGGCCACUGGGGGCCGUGGUGUGUGACCUGUGGCUGGCUCUGGACUAUGUGGUGAGCAAUGCCUCUGUCAUGAACCUGCUCAUCAUCAGCUUUGACCGGUACUUCUGUGUCACCAAGCCCUUGACAUACCCGGCCAGGAGGACCACCAAGAUGGCAGGGCUAAUGAUUGCGGCCGCAUGGAUAUUGUCCUUCAUUCUCUGGGCUCCUGCCAUCUUGUUCUGGCAGUUCAUUGUGGGCAAGAGGACAGUCCCCGAGAGGGAGUGCUACAUCCAGUUCCUCUCCAACCCAGCGGUGACGUUUGGCACAGCCAUUGCUGCUUUCUACCUGCCUGUGGUCAUCAUGACGGUGCUGUACAUCCACAUCUCCCUGGCCAGCAGAAGCAGGGUAAGGAGGCACAAGCCCGAGAGCAGGAAAGACAGGAAAACCAAGUCCCUCAGAUUCCUCAAGGGCCCCGUGGUUAAACAGAACAACAAUAACUCUCCCAAGAGGGCUGUGGAGGUGAAGGAGGAGGUGAGGAAUGGGAAAGUGGAUGACCAGCCAUCUGCACAGACAGAGGCCACUGGCCAUCAGGAGGAGAAGGAGACAUCCAAUGAGUCCAGCACCGUCAGCAUGACCCAGACUACUAAAGAUAAGCCCACAGCAGAAAUCUUGCCAGCAGGGCAAGGACAGAGUCCAGCCAACCCCCGGGUGAACACAACUUCCAAGUGGUCCAAGAUUAAGAUUGUCACCAAGCAGACUGGGUCUGAAUGUGUCACCGCCAUUGAGAUUGUCCCAGCUAAGUCAGGUGCCUCUAACCACAACUCCCUGGCCAACAGCCGCCCAGUCAACGUUGCCAGGAAGUUUGCCAGCAUUGCCAGAAGCCAAGUACGGAAGAAGCGCCAGAUGGCUGCCCGAGAGAAGAAAGUCACCCGAACCAUAUUUGCCAUCCUGCUGGCCUUCAUACUCACAUGGACGCCCUACAACGUGAUGGUCCUCAUUAACACUUUCUGUGAGACCUGCGUGCCCGAAACAGUGUGGUCCAUCGGCUACUGGCUCUGCUAUGUCAACAGCACCAUCAACCCAGCCUGCUAUGCCCUCUGCAACGCCACUUUCAAGAAAACCUUCAAGCACCUUCUCAUGUGCCAGUACAGGAACAUUGGCACAGCCAGAUAAACUGGUACUCAGGGACCACUUCAGUAAUAUUAUGGAAACCCUUCCCUUUGCCUCCUUCGCCAGCGGGGGUUCUUCUGCUCCCCACUCACAACAGUGCAGACUGUGCAGUGAGUGCAGAUGAUGCCCUUCAUCCAACGCUGACAAAAAUCCAAGGUGUCUCUGAGCUGCAGGUCCUUCCAGUCACCCUGGGCCUGGGGACUAGCUCGGGGGCCCACCGGGAAAGCCAGAGGCAAGAGGAGAUGUGGUCACCAGGAGCCCUUCCCAGCUCCACGCUCUUGAGAUUGGCCAAAUGGCAUCAGUGUUUUUCCUAAGACUGGAUGUACCUUUUUCCCCAGCUGACCAUCUCCAAGGUAUCAGAGCUUGUCUGCAUGCAGAUGGGCUAAUGCUGGAUGCUUUCCAUUGGCUUCUAAAGUGUUUAUUACCCAAGAAAUGAAAAGAAACCAGGGUCAAACAUUUGCUAGGCAUCUUGGACCAGGCUGGCUCAGGCAUGCUAAUGGGGAGUCCUGCUGGCCCAGCCAGGCCCCCUGCAAAGGCAGUCAAGAUUGGACCCUAACAGAUGUGGCAAGAUGCUUCCUUUCCCUUGAGAGUGCCAUUGGACAUCCUCACCCAGGGACCUGGGGCAGAAUUUUUCCCUGGGCUCUGGCUCUGCUCUCCCCUUCACACACUUUCUGCCCUCAGACAGUAAUUUGCUGAAAGACAGACAAACCAAGCAUUUCACUCCUGGGUGAGGCGUGUGAAACCCAGUCGCCUCUGACAACAAUGGAAACUAAAACUGCAAAGAAAAGAAGUGGUGUGGUGCAGGACUUCGCUCCACAGCCCUGGGGGAAUGGGGGCCCUGAGAAGUGGGCAACAGUGACUGUGAAAAUAACUGUCCCUGGGAGGGACCGGGGGGAGCUGGGGGUCUCAGAAGAGGGUGGGAAGAGGGUCUGCAAUGUGGCCAAGGUGCCCCGUGUCUCAGCUGGGCCAUGAGCUCUCCCCACAGUGGGUGUAGGAGGCAUGGCUCUGGAGGCAGAAGAGGAUGAUGGUGGCCUCCAGCCCCACUCCUGCCCUGAGUGCAGGGGGCUCCUCCAGGGAGGCCAAAGGAGCCAGUUGCUGAGCUUUGUAAAUGGAUGUAAUGCUGUCAUGGGUGUUGCGGCAGAGCCCUCAGCAUGCGGGCUUCAGCCAGCGUCUCCAGCCUCCUCCCAGCCCACCCGUGUGUGCAACCCAGAGCACCCUGGCACAGCUCCCUAGCUUCUCCCAAAGCCAGGUGAAAGCCUUGGUGGACACAGCCAGGUGCAGGCAAGGGAUGGGAUGGGGCCACUCUAGUGCUGGCAAACUCUGUGUUCAUAUGUCCUUCCCGUCCUCAUGCCAGGGUGCAACUUGCAGAAAGGCUGCCCCAACCUAGAUGGGAACCCCUCCAACACUACCUUUAGGGGUACCCAAAAUGCCUGGUGGGUUUCUGGGUAUUUUUAAAUGGUUACAACUGCAGCCCAACACACUCCAAGACAAAUAAAGACCUUGGAUCAGGAAACUAA